AUGAGUGUACAGGAUAAUUGCGGUGUUCAGGAGGUAAGAACCUCACAUCGUGGAGACUGUUUCUUACUCCUCCCAUCUGGAGAACGCGUUUUGGUUAAGUAUAUGAAUGGACUGCAAAUAUUAGGAUUUAGUUUUGGGUUUUUCGGCCUUGCCAGUGCAUUCCUAGGACUAUUGGAUACUGUCCUCAUCCCAUCGUUAUCUCCAAAUGAUUCCAAUAAUUAUCCUGUUGAAUUUAGCUUAGCUGGUGGUUAUGGACUUCCUAUUUAUACCGGCGUGCUGGUCUUAUCCACUGGAGCGAUGGCCUUACGCACAAUUAUUAGCUUGCGUUACACUUCUCUACGGAGAUUUUACAUAUCAUUAUGGUUGAUACUGUUGUUAAACGUUGUUUAUUGGUGUUGUUUAAUAGCUGCUAUAUCCUAUGGAAAUUUCGCACCAGAUCCGUCAUCAAAUAAGAUUUCCAACUCACAUACCGUAACAAGAGUUUUUACAGCUGUAAAUUCUGGCCUUUCUUUAAUUCCGUGUUUCACAGGCUUAAUACUGUACAGUCGUCCCAUUCUUAGUAGAAAUCAAAAUAUCUUGUGUUGUUAUUCACUGAUUCAACGGUUUAGUUACUCUUCAUCUUAUAG